AUCCCAGACCACAUCACACCGUCUCCGGUGACGGACCUCCGACUGGUGGGCGGGGUCAACGCCACCGAGGGACGUGUGGAGAUCUUCUUCAACAACACGUGGGGAACGAUCUGUGAUGACUCGUGGGACUUCCGAGACGCUGAGGUCGUAUGCCGAUAUCUGGGCUUCGAGUCAGCCAUUGAAGCCCUCUCUAACGGAUAUUUCGGAGCCGGAGAUCCCGACCAGCCAAUCUGGUUGGACGACGUUGAUUGUUUCGGAAGCGAGAACAUCAUUACGUCGUGUCUCACGUCGCGAUUCGGGGUCCACAACUGUGUUCAUCUGGAGGAUGCGGGAGUCCGAUGCUACCUGUCCCACCCACUGGUGAGACUGGUCAAUGGUAACACUGAAGGAGAAGGCAGAGUCGAAGUGUUUCACCGCGGAUCCUGGGGGACAGUUUGCGACGACCACUGGAGUGAAAUCGACGCCAACAUUGUCUGUCAAGAGCUUGGUUUUGCCCACGCCAUCAGUGCAUCCGGUUUCGCCACCUUUGGAGAAGGCAGUGGAACUAUAUGGCUGGAUGAUGUACAGUGCGAUGGAACGGAGACGACAAUCUUUGCCUGCCCCAACUCAGGCUGGGGUAACCACAACUGCCUCCAUUCCGAGGACGCCUCAGCCAUAUGUACCGCCAUCCCAGUUAACCCCAACCCUGUCCAGCUGAUCGACGGACCGUCCAUCAACGAAGGCCGGCUCCAGAUCUACUACAACAACGAAUGGGGGACGGUUUGCGACGAUCGGUGGGGGUUAGACGAAGCCAGCGUCGUCUGCAAGUCCCUGGGGUUCCCCGGAGCCGAUAGGGACAAAUACCUCCUCCAUGACUAUGGUCUGGGCUCGGGACACAUCUGGUUGGACGACGUCGUCUGUACUGGGGAGGAGUUCUUCAUACAGGACUGUAACCAUGGCGACAUCGGCGAGAACAACUGUGCCCACUACGAGGACGUCGGACUUCGCUGCCUGCCCAACACUCUUAACAUUCGUCUGGUGAAUGGAGACAACACGUCCUCGGGGCGAGUGGAGGUCAACUAUAACGAUGAGGAGUGGGGAACAAUCUGUGACGACAGCUGGGACAUCCGAGAUGCAGACGUGGUGUGUCGGAUGCUGAACUUCAAGUCGGCCCAGUCGGCUCCUCGAGAGGCGUCCUUCGGCGACGGACUCGGCGUCAUCUGGUUUGACGACUUCCUCUGUGCCGGAGACGAGAGCUCCCUCCUCGACUGCUCCCACGCAGGGGUCAAGGUUCACAAUUGUCGUCACUCGGAGGAUGCCAGCGCCGUUUGCUCCAUGAUGGCCGUGUGUCCAGACUUCUCACAGGCACACGGAAGGUUCCGAGUCUCCAACCAACACUUCGGACGGUACACACAAGACACUCGUGUCGUCGUGGCCUGCGACGAUGGUUACCAGCCGACCGAGGGCGCCGCUAACGUCGUGUGUUUGGCGGCUGGCACCUGGUCGCCUCACAUGCCUGCCUGCUCCGCAAGCUGCCCUCUGCUGACGCCACCUGAUCAUAGCAGUUUGAGCACCAUGGAAACGACCCCUGGCCUCACCGUGACCCUCAUCUGCAACCGAGGCUACAAAUACAACGCUGCAAGUAGCGGCGAUCGUAGCGUCGUGUGCGGGUUUGACGGGCAGUGGAACUCCACUCUCGGGAGCUGUGAAAUCGUUCUCUGUCCAUCAUACUCCUCCAACGUCACUGCCAACGUCAGAGUUACCGUCCUCCGAGGAUCUGGUACGACAGUCGGUACCACGCUCAGUUUCAGCUGCCCUGACUCCUCCCACAUUAUGGGCAAUGCCGUCAUCUCGUGUCUCGAUUCCGGGGCCUGGAACGGAACAGUGCCAGUCUGCACAGGGGCAGCCCCUACUAACUGCCCAAGACUGGCUCUGUCGGAUCACGUGUUGGUCACAUCCCAAGACACCUCCAUCAACACAGUAGUUUCAUUCUCCUGUGACCAAGGCUACACACUGAAUGGAGACAGAGUCAUCGCGUGUCUCAGUACCGGUGUCUGGAAUGGAACCGUGCCAUCCUGCACAGCUCCUACUAACUGCCAAAGACUGGCUCUGUCGGAUCACGUGCUGGUCACAUCCCAAGACACCUCCAUCAACACAGUAGUUUCAUUCUCCUGUGACCAAGGCUACACACUGAAUGGAGACAGAGCCCUCGCGUGUCUCAGUACCGGUGUCUGGAAUGGAACCGCGCCAUCCUGCACAGCUCCAACUAACUGCCCAAGGCUUACCGUGUCAGAUCACGUGCUGGUCACAUCCCAAGACACCUCCAUCAACACAGUAGUUUCAUUCUCCUGUGACCAAGGCUACACACUGAAUGGAGACAGAGUCAUCGCGUGUCUCAGUACCGGUGUCUGGAACGAAACCGCGCCAUCCUGCACAGCCCCUACCAACUGCCCAAGACUGGCGCUGUCGGAUCACGUGCUGGUCUCAUCCCAAGACACCUCCAUCAAAGCUGUAGUUUCAUUCUUCUGUGAGCAAGGCUACACACUGAAUAGGGGCAGAGCCCUCGCGUGUCUCAGUACCGGUGUCUGGAAUGGAACCGCGCCAUCCUGCACAGCUCCAACUAACUGCACAAGGCUUACCGUGUCAGAUCACGUGCUAGUCUCCUCCCAAGACACCUCCAUCAACACAGUAGUUUCAUUCUCCUGUGACCAAGGCUACACACUGAAUGGAGACAGAGUCAUCGCAUGUCUCAGUACCGGUGUCUGGAACGAAUCAGCACCAUCCUGUACAAAGCCAACUUGCCCCAAACUGACACUAUCGAGCCACGUGACGUCUUCGUCGGGCAACAACUCGGUGCACGCAGUAGUCAUGUUCUCCUGUGAAGAUGGCUACACUCUCGACGGAGACAAGCAAAUCACGUGUCGGGAAGACGGCACAUGGAGCAACAGCCCGCCAAGCUGCAGUAGUCCACCCAGCUUUCAAUCACAGAAGGACGACAAUGCAUCAAACGUCGGUGCAAUUGUGGGCGGUGUCAUUGGAGGUAUACUUGUUAUUCUUCUCAUCGUCGUUGCCACGGCAAUUAUCUUCUGGAAAAUGUCGUCACGAUACAGCAAGACGGGCUACAGUAACAUCAGAAUGAGAAGAGCAGACGACAGGAUCGAACUCUUCGCUGAUGAAGAUGGAGAUGCUGAUGAACCACUGUACAGUGCGGAGCCUACUGAAGACGACGCUCAACUUGAUCUCUAAAAAAAUCUAAGAAUUUGAACAUCACAAUUUUUUCAUUGCUCUUACUAUAAUACAGUACCAGAUAAUAACUGAAACCCACGUUUGUUCUAGUACGUACGUAGCUAUUGUACACGUUUGUUUCGAAUAUGAAUUAUGCACACCAGUGCAUAUAACCUAACUGUUAUACACAGU